GAGCUUCGCCGAGCAAACAAACGCUAAAACAAUUUCUGUUUUUUUUUUAAAACUAUAACUGAAAGUGUGAUUACAAGAAAUAUGUCGCUACCUCAAUUGAUUUCGCUGGUCAAUGCGCUACAGGAGUCCCGCGACCCCGACUACGAUUUUGGAUUGGGCGUGCAGCCGCGCCAGCUGCAAAUUUGGGCCGCACCACAGUUAUUGAGUCCUUGGGAAUCCGCUCAUCUGGUCUGUCCCAGCUCGCCGGCCGCAAAGAUCUUGGCCAAACGGCGCAAUCGUAAUUUGGCAAACGGAGCAGGUGGUGACGGCGAUGGACUGCGUUGGCCUGUCUCGCAGGUGGGCAAGGAUGGCUUCCAGGUGUGCAUGGAUGUCACCCAGUUCGCGCCCAGCGAGCUGAACGUCAAGGUGGUGGACAACUCCAUUGUCGUCGAGGGCAAGCACGAGGAACGCGAGGACGACCACGGCUACAUCUCGCGCCACUUUGUGCGUCGCUAUGCUCUACCCCAGGGCUAUGAGGCCGAUAAGGUGGUCUCCUCUCUGUCCUCCGAUGGCGUGCUCACUGUGAGUGUGCCGAAGCCGCAGCCCAUUGAGGACAAGUCCAAGGAGCGCGUAGUUCAGAUCCAGCAAGUGGGACCCGCUCAUCUGAAUGUCAAGGAGAAUGCCGUCGAGCAGAAGCCGGAGGAGUCGAAAGCCGAGGCCACCAACGGCAAGCCCGCCAAGAAGUAGAAGCUAGCUGGCGGUCAUUCCCCCCAUUCCUCCUCAUCGCAUACCUAUGUAUUUAUUAGAAACCAUAUAUGUUAUAACGAGCUAAAGACUAAAAAUAAACUAAUCUUGGAAAACCAACUGAAACUGAAA